GUUCGGAAUUUCUGAAGUGGAACGAUCAUGGCGGCCAAAGUACGGAAAUCACGUUCGUCAUUUGAGUUGGUCUGUGCUUUUUUCGUCUUGAUAGCAACGGCCAGAUUUCAGCAUCGAUUGACAGCAUGUGUGUGCCAGUGCUGUUAAGGAGUUUGUUAGUUUAAUCAGAGCCACUGACGUUCCUCAGCUCAUCAGGGUUUGUAUUUCUGUGUAGAAACCCAAUGCUUCAAGUGACUCUUACUGUAUGGACUCGGCCUAGAAUCCGCUUCACUUUCCUAGACCAGCAAGACAAAUGCACGAUGAACCGCAUGAUGUCUCUUCACUGCGUGUUUCGAGCAACUGCCGUUCUCCUCUUGUCAGUUCUGUCAACAUUCCCAAUUGUGGUGUCUGCUUUAGAUGGUUAUGUGGAGCCAGGGAGAAGUGGAGAACCUGUGUUGGUUGAACAGGGUACCGACCUACACCUGAACUGCACCCUAAGCAAUGUGACGCAGCCUGGCGACCAAACGGCCGCGGACAUAGUGUGGUACCGAGGCUCACAAGCUGUCCCUACAGACUGUUACUCCGCAAUCAGUGAGAGUGUGUCGCAGCUUUCGUUGAUGAAUGUCACGUUUGAUCAGAGCUCUUCCUAUUCGUGCGGCUUCCCAGAGGAUGGUAUUUUAAUGAAGAUUUGGGUUGAAGUUUUAGUUGGAACAAAACCCGAGCCUGUUAAGCUGGAAUGCAUAAUCCGUAAUCCUGACGAGUAUCGAUGUAACUGGGUAGAAACAACGAAAACAAAUCUUCGGACAACUCAUCAUUUUCAGUUCCGAAUAUUCAAUGAUGAUUAUUGGAGAGACUGCCCAUGUCAAACUUGUGAGCAAACUACAUGUACCUGCUUUAUUGGAAUCGCUCACAAUAGCGGAGGUCGACAAGAGGUCCGAGUCACCACGACAAAUGCACUCGGUGAAGCCGUCACGACUCUGUCCUUCGACCCUUACAACGAUGUCGUGGUUAAUCCACCAAGAGACGUGAUGGUGACUGCCCUGCUAACGAAGACAUCCCUCAAGAUAACCUGGUUCUUGCCUGAUGAGUGGCACAGGAUUACGAACUCGUUAGAAUACAGGCUGCAAUACAAGAAGGCUGGAUGCCAGACCAACCUCACGUUUGGCUGUAUGGAACAGGUUGUGGAUGUAGGAAGAACCAACAUCUUAGAGUACAUACUGCAGGGCCUUGAGCCUUACACUGAGUAUUCCAUUCAGCUUGCUGCCAGGUUCGGACUGGAUGAGAAGAACUGGAGCGAGUGGACGCCAGUGGAAACAGUCUACACACGACAGACAUCACCCUCCGGGAUUGUUGGAAACCUUACUGCUUAUGAAGAGGACACUCCAGGUCAUCCUAUCCUUAGAGAUGUGAAUCUUGUAUGGAAGGAAUUGGAAGUCCAGAACCAAAAUGGUAUCAUACUUGAAUACAAGAUAGAGGCUGUGAAGACAGAGGCUUCGGAGAACCAAGAGGUGCUGUUCUGGAGCUCCACAAGAACAUGGUUUACCAUUCCAGGGUUGUCAAAGUAUUUUCCUUAUCAGAUCAAAGUUGCGGCGGUUAACCAAGCUGGCCCGGGACCGUGGGCUUCAGUAAAAAUUUGGGAUGAAACAGCAGCACCGGCUGCUCCAAAUUGGGUCCAAACUACUGCCUUGACGACAACUUCCAUCAACGUGACUUGGGGGGCACCUAGUGUACCAAACGGAAUCAUACAGAGCUACGUUGUCCGGUGGAGAAAGAGCAACGGGAAUUGGCGAUCGUACAUGACUCUUAAUGCAGCACACCGUUACCACGUACUUGAUCAUCUAGAUACCUACGUUCUCUACGAAGUGACCGUCCGGGCAAGGAAUUCUCUGGGGGUUGGUGAAGUAGCCCUUGUAGAGGGUGGGAGCCGGACAUUGCAAGGAGUUCCAGGCGCUGCCCCCUCCGGUCUCACAGUGAAACCUAUUAAUGACCAGCCAGACAGCUUGACCUUGUUGUGGGAGCCUUUACCCCUCAACAAUAUCAACGGUGACUUGCAGGGCUACCUGAUUGGCUACUGCCAGAGUGAGAGUAGUUGCACAGGCGAAUUUUUGCAACACAAGAAUCUAUCCAGCCCAGAUGUUACUAGUAAAAUCCUUGAUGGUCUGGAACCCUCUACCCAGUACUCAGUAUGGCUAGCAGCUUACACAUCAAUUGGCCUGGGACCUGAAUCGGACCAUGUACUAGCAACAACCAGAAAUGAAGCAUCGGUUGUCGUCGUUCCAGCUGUGUUAGGUCCUCUGUUCAUAGCGGUAAUUAUCGUGAUAAUAAUAGUUUUUGUCGUCAGACAAAUGACCAACAGCCACUCCAUACCGGACCCAAAGAUUGCCAGAGAUGUGGACGUCAUGAAAAUGAACAGUGGUAUGUACCACUGUCAAAUGGAAGAGGAAAUCUUUGACAACAUGCCCGUUGACGAUUCACAGACCGGUCAUUCACAUCCCUUGGAGUCCGUCGUCAUCGAAGACUCAAAGAAACAGACUUUCGAGUUCAGUCGUUCUGAGAGCAAUGACAGUGGGUUUCCGCCAUCCCCGGCAAGAAGUAGUGGAAACUUGGACUAUUUGCGGGACAAGCUGAGUAUCAGCGACAAUAAUGACAGCGUCUUUGAAGAAGAGAAUGGACGAAUCCAAAAAGACAUGCACAAGAGAAGCAGUGGUUUAACCUCUCAAACAUCUCAGAGUGACUCUGUUGGACCUUACACUAUGGUAGGCGAGUUACCAUCCUUCAAGAUACCUGUAUCUUCGGGUCUUGGCCCACCCUCUGUGGAAGGCCAAUAUGUUGCAGAGACCACAUUGAAGGGGAGCACUACCUGUCGAACCGGAAUUCCUUCCAGUCCAUCUGUGGAUGUAUCGCCUUACACCCAGAUGUCCACAGUGUUUACAUCUUGUCCAGCAUCUCGUUCAAUUUCUGAGGCACCCGCACAACAGGUUUCUGAGCCUAGACAAAAGGAAAACCAGAAAAGAAACAAGCUUUCAAUAGUGGGCUUAAACAAUAAUCAAACUACCCAGAUUAAAGACGUCUCACCUUACACCCUGAUGUCCGCAAUGAGUUCAGUGCCUCACAGACAACCCAAGCGCUGUCAAGAGCCCUCAGUUGGUGCUUCCAAGUGUAAGAAGCAGACACACCACCUUGGCUCGGCUCCAACACAUUCAGUUCCAUCACAAAUGCUGGCGAUGGAAGCCAUUAAGAAAGAUGCAGGUUGCCAUAAUCAGAAAUCUCCACCAGAAUCCCUAUCAACUGUUUCACCCUACUCGAAGGUAGAAGACUUAAAUCCUCCAAGCUUUUCAACCAAUUCAUCCAAUACUUUGACGAACAACUCAACACAGCCUGUUUCAACCUACAUACAGAUGCCAGAAGUGAAUUUCCCGACGCCAAGACAACCACAAACCAGUGAAUGUCAACAGGCUUCUCCCAAGACAACAACAGAUGUUCAAACUCACAAACCUCUACUUGUCGUGCCACAACCAGUCUCACCCUACAUCCAGAUACCAGAAGUGAAUCCCAUGCAACCUAAGGUUCCUCCUUUAUGUGCUGUCGAAAGCUUCACAUGUAAUAAACCUUCUGAUUUGACAACAAUACCCGCUGCAACCGAAACACUGAUAUCAGAUACUGCAGGCUCACAACCACUUGACCCUCUGACUAAGCAACAAAAUGGAAUGUCCCCAAAUGACUCUCCAUCUGUCUUUCAACAACCUCUUUCACCUUACAUUCAGGCGCCGGGAGUAAACGUCCUCCAACAAACUCAAGCCAAGACCGAUCAACCAAAACAGCAUGCUCCUGACCUGCCCAGCAUUAAUGAGGAUAGUCCCUCAUCUCUUCAUACCCUGCAACAACCUGCAUUACCAUAUAUCCAGAUGCAAAAAAUUGAGCAGACACAACAUCAAUCUGGUUAUCAAAGAGAGCUUCCUCCUGCCACUAACUCAGGCAAUACUCCUUCAGACUUGUCACCUCCUGCGACACCUUACAUCACGAUUCCAGAUAUAAAUUCCUUUCAACUAACUACACAUCAGAGUAAGGAAGCCAAUCAGGAUGCUUUUAGUAACACUGACGGUCAAACAGCCCAGCAGCAAAUUGUUUCGACCCAACCCGAUCUGCAGACCCCUCAAACAAGUCAACCGGAUAUCAUUCAGCAACAGAAUUCAUGUGGUGCAACCUCCAGCGACACUCCUGUUUCGCCACUGUCUGCGUUACCUUAUCAUCAGAUGCCACAACCAAAAACAAUUGAACUAAAUGGAUGUUAUGUCAAAAAACCAGAAGCCCUACUGCCAGCCAUUUCAUGUGAGAGCCAAACUGACAACUCUUCUCUUAUCUUGCCACAAGCUGUAUCCCCCUACAUCGAGAUUCCAGAAACACAUACCACGCAACUGGCUCAACAGCAGGUAGAACAGCUUCGAAAGGAGGGCUAUAGUGAAGGCUCAACUCAACCACCUCUUCCACUACUUUCACAAACUGUUUCAGAACAAGGAGGUUCACACUACGAUCAGGAACCACAGAUAGCGAGCAUGCAACUCAGUCAACAACAGGCAACUCAACCUGAAGAUUUCCAACCUGUUUCACCUGAGCCGGCGUCACACAACGUUCCAAACCCACAACAACCUGGAUCCUCUAACUUUCAGUUUCCUGAAACAAAGACACCACAGCUGACAAGUCAAGUUAAGGAUCUUGCCCCUGGCAUUGAGAACGAAGCUCAAAGCUCUCAAUCAGUUUCACCUGAACCUGUGUCUCCCUAUGUUCAGGUUCCAGAACCACAGACCCAACCACUAGUUCCACAGCAGGCAAGUCAUUCUGAAGAAAUCAAUUCCAGCAGUGGUUCUAGUGAGAACCAAACUCAACACCAUCAAUCAGUUUCACCUGAACCUGGAUCGCCCUAUGUUCAGGUUCCAGAACCAGAGACCUUGAAGCUAGGUCCACAGCAGGCAAGUCAUUCUAAAGAACUUAAUUCCAGCAGUGGUUCUAGUGAGAACCAAACUCAACACCCUCAAUCAGUUUCAUCUCAACCUGGAUCGCCCUUUGUUCAGGUUCCAGAACCAGAGACCUUGAAGCUAGGUCCACAGCAGGCAAGACAUUCCAAAGAACUCAGUUCCAGUAGUGGCUCAAGUGAGAACCAAACUCAACACCCUCAAUCUGCUUCACCUGAACCUGGAUCCCCCUAUGUUCAGGUUCCAGAACCAGAGACCUUACAGCUAGGUGCAUAUCAGUCAAGUCAUUCAAAAGAAAUCGAUUCCAGCAGUGGUGCCUGUGAGAGCCAAGCUCAAAACCCUGAAUCUGCUUCACCUGAACCGCGAUCCCCGUAUGUUCAGGUUCCAGAACCAGAGACCUUAUAGCAAGGUCCACAGCAAACAAAUCAAUCUCAAGAACUCAGUUCCAGCAAUGACUUGAGUGAGAAUAAAGCUUGAAACCCUCCAUCAAUUUCGCCUGAAUUUGUUUCACCUGAUCAUCCUACAAUGCUGUCAGCAGAGUUCUGAGAGUCAUUGGCCAACUGCUCCCAAGGCGGCAUGGGCAGCAACUCAGAAACGUCUAUCACCAGAAAGCUUUCAUCCUGGCAGAUAGAACCACAAGCAGGCCAAAAUCACAAGCGGACCCUCCAGUAAGUCAUAGGGGGGUCAAUCAAUUACACUUGUUGGGUGAUAUGAGUUGUUCCAGGUUACGAGUGGGGUAACAUUGGUAGGUUAAACGAAAAGGUUUUGAAAAUGACGACCAAUAUAUUAUUCUUUUAAUAGGGUGUACCAAACAGCACUCAAUAUUAUUUUCUAAUAACUAUCGAUCAAAGACUAAAGCCUGGUUCUUACUUCCAUGUAAUGCGAAAUUGAUAUGAUUUUUGACAUUUAAAAUGUGCAGUGAAUGAAUCAGAAUAGUUGGGCUGUGCUGAACUCCUGCGAAACAUUCGCUGUGUCGUCAAAUUUGUUAUCGUAUUAGCAUUUGUAGGAAGUAUGAACUGGGCUUAACUAUCACUUAUCAAUGCAGAAUUUUAAGCCUUUUUUUCAAAAUGAAUGAAGUUUUAAUAUUUUUAUGAUUCAUAAUUUUUAUGGUAUUUUGGAGUGCUUUUUUAAUUUUGUUAUUGAUCUACUAUAAAAUGUACAAAGGCAACAUGGAUUUAUAGAAGAGGCAAAUAGUGUAAAUUAUAGAUGCAAUUGAAUGCUUACCUUUGACCUUUAAGCUCUGCAAAGAAAAUAGCGCCCACCAAAUAAGUGGCCAUCUUCCAUAUUUUAUCUGCAACAGAUUUUAGUUUGAGCCACUAGCAAGUUUCAGGAACGGUAUACCAGGAGAUUGUUUUUUUAAUAGAUGACAGUCAAUCUGCAGCACACAAAAUCCUUUCCUUUUAUCUGCAAAGUAUUCAUGGUUUUUUCGUGAGUGACCUCGGUAUGAAUAUUUAAUUAGUCAAAAGGAAUUCAGUCUGUUUCGACCUUUUCUGAAAUAUAUUGACAGAAAUUAUGUACCAGUAAGUUGGAAUGAAGAGCAUAUCUGUCGCUUUGUAUGGAAAAAAAUCGGUGCAACUCCAAAUUUAAAAAGAGAAAUUUAAACGUAAAAAACGGCUUCAAAAAGAAAGAAAACAAGCCACAAAACACAACAGAUUGUCCCGUUAUCAAUGUCCGCAACAAUCCCCAGAAGCCCUUUUGACUAAUUAAAUAUUCAAACCGGGUCACGCAUGAAAACCCACACAAAACUCUGCAGAUAAAACCCAGCAGUUGACCUCGUUAACGCACGCAGUGCGGAUUGAUUGAUGAACUAUCAGGUAUGCAGUAAAUACAGGCAUGAUUUUUGAUCCUUGGAAACAAGUAUGAACACUGUAAUGAGUAGAAGGGCUGACAUGCAUGUACAUAUUGCGAAGAAUUUUAUAGACUGUUCCAGGCUAUCACAGGUUUUCAGAUUUAACCAAGAGCAAAAAAGGAUUCAUACAAAAGUAGGAGGAAUAUCAGGUUUGUUAAUAAAAGAAUUAAAAAAUAGUAUUCAUUAUCAAAUUGUUCCCAGGGUGAUCGGUCUUGCCGUGCCAAUAUUUAUCAGCAUUUGCCUGCUCAAUACUGCCUGGAAUUGGUUCAUUAAUAUGUGCUAGAAUCUAGCACAUUUUAAUAUAUAUAUGAGGCCUGUGGCCAAUCCACUCUACGCGCCCGCUCAGGUUAAACGGUUACAAAAGAAGCAUCAAGUCAUAGAGCAACGGGUCCCCUCUCAUUUAUCGAUUUUGUGACAUGUCUCACUGUGUGCAGUUUAGGGUGAUAGCGUAAAACAUGAUUCAUUUUUAAUUAAUAGAAUUGUAAAUAUACAUGUACUUGCAUUUUCACACGCCCAUACUUAGCUCCCUUUAAAGACAUUGGACACUGUUGGUAAUUGUCAAAGACUAGUCUUCUCACUUGGUGUAUCUC